AUGUCUGUUAUAUACAACAGCACUGAAAUAUUGCUUAGUCCUUCGCCCGUUGAUUCGGCGUCGUGGGUUGUAGGACUUACCGUUGUGACCGAAGCAAGCUCGCCAUUCCUGUGGACAUUCACUGCAAUUGUUGGAGCAUCGCUUCUUGCCUGGUUCAGGAAGCCCUGGACCGACGGACAUGGUCACAAAAUUCCUAAGGGCCCGGUAGGGCUUCCAAUCUUUGGUUCGUUUUACUAUUUGACUAGGUAUCCUGAGUUGACUCUGGACUACUGGGCGAAGAAGUUCGGAGGCUUAUAUUCUAUCUGGCUUGGAAACCAACUGUUUGUCAUUAUCUCUGACCCAAACAUUGCCAAAGAUCUCAUGGUUACCAAUGGGAACGUGUUUUCUUCUCGCAAAGUAAUGUUUAUCAAAAGCCAAACUAUUUUUGCUGGUCGAGGCAUCACUGCUACUCCAUACAAUGACCGAUGGCGCAAGCACCGCCGUAUUGCAGCCAAAUGGCUAAACCAGCGCGCCGUCGACUCUUACUCUCCUGUCUUGGAUCGCGAGUCACUCUCGCUGGUAAAGGCAUUGCUUAUUGAAAGCAAAGGAGGCCUGGUCUCCGUGAGCCCUCAGCCUCAUGCUGGUCGUUGCUCAUUGAACAAUAUGACAACUAUCACGUUUGGUUUCCGAGCGGACAGCAUCGAUCACCCCCUGGUAGGACGGGCCUUGAAUCUCAGCCGUGAAUUUAUGAACUGCACCGGCCCUAUGUCAAAUCUCAUUGAUUUUGUUUCUAUUCUGCAGUAUCUACCGACACCAUUGCACAGGCGUGCCAAAAGACUGCACAAAGGCUUGGUCGACACAUAUGGUGGCUUUAUCAAGGAAACUGAGCAGAAGAUGAAGGAAGGUAAAAAGGUUGAGGACUGUUUAGCGAAGACGAUGAUUGAACUCCGCCAUAAAGAAGACCUUGAUGAUUUGGAUAUGGCAAUCCUUGCGUCAGCCUUCAUGAUUGGCGGUGUUGAGUCAACUGCCGCUAUUAUGCAAUGGUUCUCUGCUAUUAUCCCUGCCUAUCCUGAAAUCCAGAAAAAGGCCCAGGAAGAACUUGAUCGUGUCAUUGGACGUGAUCGUCUCCCUGGCAUUGAAGAUGAAGAGAAUCUUCCUUAUUGUCACGCUAUCGUUAAGGAAGUCGAGAGAGUUCACAAUCCUUUCUGGUUAGGUACUCCCCACGUUUCCAGUGAGGACUUCGUCUACCAAGGAAGUUUCAUUCCCAAGGGUACUGUGGUCGUUCUUAACACUUGGACUAUGCACUUUGAUUCCGACCGCUAUUCUUCCCCUGACAAAUUCGAUCCGGAUCGUUAUAUCGAUGACCCAUUGACGUCUGCUGAUAGUGUCCGUGUCGCCGAUCCUAUGAAGAGAGACCACUGGAUGUUUGGAGCUGGUCGUCGCAUUUGCCCUGGAAUGAUUGUGGCUGAGCGCGAGAUUUGGCUGACAAUCUCCCGUAUGCUCUGGGCAUUCGAUAUGUACGAGAUUCCAGAGGAGCCUAUCGAUUUGAAAGAAUACGAUGGCCUCUCUGGGCGUUCUCCAGUGGCGUUCCGAAUCGGAUUGAAGCCACGGCAUGAGAAUGUUGCGAAGCUGCUAGAGAAGGUUGAGAUUUAA